AUGAUGGGAUACGGGGGCCAGCCCUUCCAUCCCCAGCAGUCACAGCAACAGCAACAGCAGCAACAACAGCAAUCCCAGCAAACUCAUCCUUCAGCACAACCUCAGCAUCCCCUCGGCUCCCAGCGCCAACACACCCCAUCGCUAGGCGCAACCCCGAACCUGCCACAACAUGGAUCUCCAUACUCGGGCAACAAACCUCUCUUCCGACCUCCUCCCCAACAAAAUUAUACCACCGCUCAAUCUCCCGAUAUGCGCAAGAUGGCCCCGACCGCAGGCCCACUCGCGGGGUAUCCCCCAACGACUAGCUUUGCGCAAUUCCCCGGACACUUUGCCCCGCAGGGCUCCCCGGACCUCAUGGGUAGGAACCAAGAUCCAAUGGCCUUGCACAACAUGCAGAACAUGCAACGCGGAUAUACUCUCGCCCAUCUGCGACAACCCCCGGGCAUGAGCCCUUCCGGGGCCAUUUCGCAUGGACAAGGUAUGGGCGUAUCAUCUCCGCAGCAGUCUAUGAACCGCCUGCCUCACUCGGGGGUUCAACAGCGAGAAAAUCACUCUUCUGCUAGUCCUUCAAUGGCCAGUCCUUCUAUGUUUGCCAUCAACCAACAGCGACAGUCGCAUUCCCAACCACAGUCGCCCCAACAAACACAACAACAAAUACAGCAAAGGCAACAGCAGCAAUACCAGCAGCAGAAGCAGCUCCAGCAACAGCAACAACAGAUGUUGGAGCAGCAGCGCCAUGAGCAACAGCAGCGCAUUGAGCAACAACGGCUGGAACAGCAACGAAUUGAGCAGCAGCGCUUAGAACAACAACGAGCGGAGCAGCAGCGGAUAGAACAGCAGCGGGCUGAACGACGUGCCGAACAACAGCGACAGGAGCAACAAAAGCGCAUUGAGAAGCAGAGACUCGAACAACAACAGCUAGAACAAGCGAUACAGUUGGAACGAAAAAAGCAGGAGCAACAACAGCUGGAGAAAGAGCGUCAAGAGAAAGAGCGCGCGGCAGAACAACAGAGAUUGGAACAGCAACGACUGGAGCGGCAACGUUUGGAACAACAGCGAGUCGAGCAACAAAAGGCAGAGCAGCAGAAGCAGCAACUGGAGCAACAAAGGUUACAAAAGCUUCAGCAGCAGCAACAAGCCCAACAAUCCUACCAGCACCAAAACUCCUUCCAAUCGCAUCCGCAAACCCAAUUCAAUCAAUACCAACCACCACAGUCAAGAUAUCAGUUCCAACCACAAGCUCAAGCUCAAGCUCAAGUCCAAUAUCCCCAAUCUCCGCAGCAGUCCCGGCAAUCUCAAUUCACCCCCGCUCAAUUCCAGCACUACCAGCCGCCAUCUCAACCGGCUCAACCAGUCAGACCGUCCCAGCCACAGGUCGAUCAAUCAAACGGCUCCUUCAUGCCUCCACCACGCCAGCCAGGCCAAGGAAAUUCCAUCUCUCAGCCUGAGUCACAGGUCAAAUCUGAGCCGCAAAGCCCCGCUCCGAAGAAAAAGUCGAAACCUCGUCAAUCUACGGUCAGCAAGUCCCAAGCCGCACAUCAGCAUUCGUUUCAGGCGACGCCUUCGAUCCCAGCAACCGCUCCUGCUCCUGCUCCUGUCUCUUCCUCCAUGACCGCUGCUAUUCCCACGGCCCCUGCAAUCCCCGCUUUACAACAGAAUGGCCAUGUCCAAGUACCUCCGGUCGCUGGCACAAACGGGGAGAUACCGAAGACCCCGACACGUCGCAAGCGAGGUCGGCCCCGGAAAGAAGAAGUUGCCGCAAGACAUGCCGCUGCGGUUGCCCACGCUUUAGCUACUGGCCAGCCUCUCCCAGCAACACAUCCAGGACAGGCCUCAUUCGGACCCAAUAUGGCGCCUGCAGCACUGAUACCUGGGACCAGCACCCCGCAACGAACCAUAAUCGGCCCAGAUGGAACCCCAUUGCCCCUCAAACGGAAGCGUGGACGACCACGCAAGGCCGACCAAAUUGCCUGGGCUCAGGCAACUGGACAACCUUUGCCGCCGCCAAAACCAAAGAAACCAUAUGUUCCUAAGCCCGGAACAGGCCGACCUCGUGGACGACCUCGUAAGGCCGAUGUUGCUGCUGCUGCUGCUGCUGCCGCCGCCGCCGCCGGCGGUGGCACAGCAAAUAGCGAUCAGAAACAAGGAGAGAACCCGACCCAACCGGUGCACACUUCGGAUGCAAACGCAGCCCAGAACCUAGUCGCCCAGGAGGACGCUCACAAACAUCCUGGUGUGACGCCGCCUUACCCUCAGCAGGGCCAACACCAUAUGACCAUGCCGGGCCAACCCCAGCUGCAAGGCCAGCAGCCAUUGCAACAGCAACAGCACCAAUCAAUGUCCUCACAGAGCCAAUCCCACUCGCAUUCUGGUCUAUCGGCACAUUCGGGUCUGCCCUUCAUUUCACCUCAGGCCCAAGGCAUGUCUCUUCCGCACCAUGCGCAGCAGCAACUGCCACAGCAGCCCAGCCAGCAACACAUGGGACAAGGACAGCACAUGCAGCAGCAGAACCAGCACCACCCAUCAAGCCAACAGGUCCUCCCACAGCCUGGCCAACCGCUAAUGCCGCACCUUCAAAUGCACCAGCAGGCACCCAUCAAUGCUUCGCGGCCAACACCCCCUCACCAAUUCAUGCAAAUGCCGCCUAUGCACAGUCUGCAGCACCCGUCUAUACAAGGCCACCAAAAUGCUCAAGCCUCGGUUCAAGCACAGCCACAGGGCCGAUCUCCCAAUCAGCAACAACCGCACUCCCAAUCGCAGUCCCCGGCCCCGCCUAGACCUGCCCCGCAGUACCAGCAUCAACAUACUUUCCAGGUACAGCUGCAGCCACAACCAACAUAA